UGUCACAUGGUGCGGGGACGUAACGCCCCGGCCCAGUCACAUGAUCACCAUGUCAUCAAACGUCCUUUAAUCCCUUGGAAACUGGCAUUUACCGUUCUAGACAGAUACCUACAAACCCUGAAUAUUGUUCUGAAAAAAAGAGAUUCCAAUAAAAGAAAAUGUAUUGUAUCGAUCAGAUUAAGGAACAUAAAAAGAGCCUCUAAUUACUGGUGUUUAUACACAGGGCACCUCUUCUACUGAAGCAGCUCCAGUCCAAAGACCAAGAUGAAGAGUGGACCUACUAUGGCAACACUUGGGUACUCUACCUGAAGGUGUUUGUGUCUGAAAUGUUCAGCACAGGUCAUUUCAUCUACAAGGUACAUCAUGCUAUCCCCUCCGGAGAUGGGUGAUAAUGCACUCAGAUUCCAUGGCGUAAGAUGACCACAAUAAAAAGAAAGAGCUGUGCUAACUAAUGUACAGGACAGUGACAUAAUGCAAGACUGGGCAGUGGAAGAUAUUGGGACCCACCUUGAAGAUGAGCCUUGCAAUUUCACUUCUGAUAUAGAUCCAGCCAUUACUGAGGCGUCCAAUAUUUCAAGGAGGUUCUCAAACAGUUGUUCAGGAAAAGAGAUGGAGAAAUCAUCCACUCCUAAUGAAAAGCACAAGACGAAUGAAGUCACUCCCAUGCCCUAUACAUGCGCAGAGUCUCAAGAAAGUUUUGCUUAUAGUUCAAAUCUUGUGAUACGAAAGAGAGCCAAUCAAGGAGACAAACAGUACAAUUGUAGCACUUGUGGAAAAACCUUUGCUCGCAGCUCUAACCUUGUAAUGCAUCAGAUUAUACACACUGGUGAAAAACCAUAUGUAUGUAGUAUAUGUGAAAAAAGUUUUACUCAUAGUUCACAUCUUGUUAGACAUAAAAGGGUUCAUACGGGAGCAAAACCAUAUAUCUGCACAGACUGUGGAAAAAGCUUCAACCAAAGUUCUAAUCUGGUAACUCACCAAAGAACGCAUACUGGGGAGCGGCCAUUUUCAUGCACUGAAUGUGGCAAAAGUUUUACUGACUAUUCUGCUCUAGUUAGGCAUGUGAGAGUUCACACUGGUGAAAAACCCUACUCCUGUACAACAUGUGGGAAAGGAUUUUCUGACCGUUCCAAUCUUAUUGUUCAUCAGAGGACACACACAGGAGAGCGUCCUUAUGUGUGUAUUGAAUGUGGAAAAGGCUUUACCGAUAGCUCUUCUCUCGCAAAGCACAGGAGAACCCACGAUACAAAGAAGCUAUAUAUAUGCUCUGAAUGUGGCAGGAGCUUCCUUGAUUACGCCUCUCUCGUUAAGCAUCAGAAAACUGAAAAAGCAUCAGAUCCUCCAAAAGCGUAGUCUACACCACAGUUUGAAACUAUAAUUCAGUCUUGGAACAGAACAGGACAUAAUACACAUAUGCUGAAUGAA